AGCCCACAACCACAUUUCUAGAGAGAGAGAGAAAGACGGCCCCUCUCCUCUCCCACUGGUCUAUGAGUCUACAGUUACGGAGACUAGAGAGUUGCUGCUGCCCAAGUCUCUCCAUCUCUGUUCUAGUGUGUGACUGUGUGUUUUUUUAUGGAAAAAAGUUGUCAUUCCUCCUCUAGUGGCGCGGCUGGUGGUGGUGACUCUUCGAUUACCACCGCCAGUAGUGCUGCUACUACUACAACUUCCAGUAGUAUCACCACCACCAUUAGUAGCAGCAGCAACAACAACAACAGCAACAAUACAAAUAACAGAGAUGUUUAUCUGAAACAUCUCAACAAAAUCUCACAUAAAAUCUCCAAACCCAUUCGUCGGCCUCCCGUGUUUGAUCAGAAUAAUCAGGAAAUUUCAGCACCGCCACCACCACCACCACAAGUGCUGCCGCCGCCUGCUGCUCAAUCACAACAAUCCCAGCCACAGCAGCAGCAGCAGCAUCAGCCGCCCGUGUAUAAUAUUAACAAGAAUGACUUCCGUGACGUCGUUCAGCGUCUCACGGGCUCUCCAGCUCACGAGCGGUUUUCGACUCCUCCUCCUAUACAGCCACCGAAGCCCCCCAGCUCACGGCUGCAGCGGAUCCGCCCUCCUCCCCUCGCCCAGAUUAGCAACCGCCCUCCUCCCUUGCCUCAGAUUAAUAACCCGAUGACCUGUGGUAAUCCCACCGGAGGAGGAGGGUCAGCGUCAGCGGCGGGGUUCCUCGUCGGUCAACGGCAGCCUUUGUCUCCUCUUCCGCCGUUCCCGGCUGUGCAUGCGGCGGCGGAGUCUCCGAUCUCCGCUUACAUGCGGUUUCUCCAGAGCUCGGUCUCCUCGGCUGCUUCUCCCAAGUGGAACAACCUUCCGCCGCCGCAGAUGCCGCCGCCGCCACCGGCGCUGCAUCAGCAGCAGCAGAACAUUCCUCCGCCGCCGCAGGGUUUUCCUCAGUUCCCGGUGCUUCCACCGACUUCGCCGCUGGCUUUUGGAUGUAUCCCGUCGCCGAGGUCGCCCUACGCUUUACUGUCCCCGAGCUUGCUAUUUUCGCCGACGGGUCUAGGUUUUCCGCAGCUGCCGUUGUCUCCUUCGCUGCCGGUGCCGAGCCCGAGAUGGAAGGGUAUUUGAGGAAAAUUGACAAAAAGGGGAGUCAAAAGGCUACCAGGUAUGUGCUUCUUGACAACAAAUUAUAAUCCCAGUACAGGAAGAGAAAUGUUCCUCAGCCUUUUGUUACUCUUCAUGCUUUGGAGAGGGCAAAAACAAGCAGUUGAAGUGGCUGCAAACUCUUCUCUGAAUGCUUCCCACUCCAUUGUUCGUACCACCUCAGUUAUGUCUUAGCUGAGCUGACCGAGUGUUUUUAUUAUCUGCUGGUAUAUACAGCGAUUAGAUGAGCAUGUAGUGCUGUCUCCGUGGAUACAAUCUUGUGAAGUUCUGAUGAUAGUUAGCUAUCAGUGUAGAACCUGAUGCAUUUUAAUGUUGACAUUUGGGGCUUAGUUCAAAACCCAUGUGCUACUCCCGGAGAAGUUACCGUCUGCGGCAUCUCUCCUAAUGGAGAAUGUGGUAUAAACAAAUGGAUUUUGUAUGUAUCCAGCUUAUUUUUUUGCUUUGAACACACACAGGCUGCGACCUUGGUUUGCACUUGGAAAAGGUAAGAGUUCUUUUGGAAAAGUUGCAUCGUUACUUUGUAUUUUAUUACAAGUUGAACUUCCCGUGAACCCUUUAUGAUCAA